AUGACCGUCCCUCUCGAGCUGCCCAAGGCCAUCGACCUGUCGCACCACCUCAACAGCAUCGCCCGCAACCGGUUCGCCUCGCCGCUCAAGGACAUCCUCAACUACAUGGCCCAGCCCGGCAUGAUCUCGCUCGCCGGCGGUCUGCCGCACCCUUCCCUGUUCCCGUUCGCCGAGGCCAACGUCUCGGUCUACCCGGCCAACGCCGACCUCAAGCACGGCGUCGUGCCGUCCGUCGACGAGCAGUUGACGCUCACGAUCCCCAAGACGGCGCCGGUCAAGGGCGCGCUCGACCUCAACUCGGUCCAGCAGUACGGCCACUCGCUCGGCCUUCCCGAGCUGCGCGCUUGGCUGCACCAGUUCACGCGCGACGUCUUUUCGCCCGCCUACUCCAACUUUGAGAUCCUCCUCCACGAGGGCAACACGGCGGCAUGGGCCAAGGUGUGCCGCCUCCUGCUCGACGCGGGCGACUACAUCCUGCUCGAAGAGUUCAGCUUCCCGUCGUCGUUCGGCCCGUGGGUCCCCGAGGGCUGCAAGGGCGUUCCUGUCAAGAUGGACGCGCACGGCCUGCGCGCCGACGACCUCGAGCGCGUCCUGUCCGAGUGGGAGACGACGCACCCGGGUGAACGUCGUCCGAGGGUCCUGUACACGAUCCCGCAGGGCCAGAACCCGGCCGGCCUGUCGAUGCCCGGCGACCGCAUGCGCGACGUCUACGAGGUGUGCCGCAAGUACGACAUCAUCAUCGUCGACGACGGCCCGUACUCGUGCUUGACGUUCAGGGAGUUCGAGAUCACGCCCGAGCCCGUCGUCCCCGUCGCCGAGACCGGCGAGCAGUUCCGCAAGACGCUCGCGACGUCCUUCCUCAAGUACGACUACGAGGGCCGCGUCAUCCGCCUCGACUCGUUCUCCAAGACGCUCGCGCCCGGUUCUCGCCUCGGCUACUUUGUCGCCAACCCGAUCUUUAUCGAGCGCCUCCUGCGCGCCACCGAGGUCGAGUCGCAGACGCCGAGCGGGUGGUCGAUGGCCAUCGUGUCGCAGCUCCUCCACACGUGGGGCCAGGACGGGUACCUCCAGUGGCUCUCGAACCUGCGCGACUCGUACGAGCUGCGCCGCAACAUCAUGUGCGCCGCCCUCGCCAAGCGCUUCGUCGCGCUGCCGGCCGACAAGUACGCGAGCGCCGUGCCGGGCUGCGAGGGCGUCGCGCUGUACCCGAGGGGGACCGACCCGGCGACGAUCAAGCCCGACCAGGCGCCGGUGGCAUCUUUCGUGCCCCCUGCAGGCGGCAUGUUCCUCUGGAUCAAGUUCUACCUGUCGGGCGCACCUCGGUUCCGCGAGCUCCAGACUGCGCAGCACGAGGACCCGGAGAACGCCUUCAUGGGCGAGAUGUGGAAGGCGCUCGCCGACAACCUCGUUCUUCUCACGCCCGGCUCGUACUACGUCGUCCCGGCGUCGUCGGGCAAGGCGACCACGUCGCAGCGCGGCGCCGAGCCCGCCGUCGGCCACUUCCGCUUCGCCUUCUCGUAUAACGACCGCGUCGAGAUGGAGGAGGGCAUUCGGCGCGUCGAGGAGGUCGCGAGCAAGCUGUGGGGCUACUAGACGAGCCGGAGCGUAGAUGAUUGGAGCGACGUUGUACACACUUCUUCACG